AUGUUAGCCCCCAAGGAAGAAGACCUUGAGAAGCUAGCAGAGACAUGCCUCUCCACGGCCAGGCAGAUCAAACAGUAUCUAUCCGCCACCAACCACCCACAGCCCAGUUUCGACGAGAAUGGACCCUCUUCCUUUCCCGCCGCGACCCCGGAGAUCCAGCAGAUCAGGCUCGAGCUUCGCACGGCAGCCAGGCGCCUGUAUGACCUUGCCUCGGGGCCAGAUGAUGUUUUGACAUGGCAUCUCUAUCACUGCAACCACGAUCUGAACGCCUUCCGCUACGUGUACAGAUACAACGUGGCCUCGGGCGUGCCCUUGGACGGCACAAUCAGCUACGCAGACCUCGCGGUCAAGUUGGGGCUGGAUGCCUCGCAGCUCAAGCAAAUGCUGCGACAGCUGAUGGCGAUCCACGUCUUCACGGAGCCGCAGCCGGGACACGUCGGGCACACGGCGUCGUCACGCCUGCUGGCCACACACGCGGGCAUCGCGACCUUUACGGGCUUUUUGGCCGAGGACACGUUCCCCCUGUGCGCGGUGCAGGUCGAAGCGCUGGAGAAAUGGGGCCACGGGCGCCCAGAGCCCUCGCGCACGGCGCUCAGCUACUACUACGACACCGACCUGCCGUGCCACGACUACUACGAGACCAACCCAGCUGUGCGCGAGCGCUUUGGCCGUCUGAUGACGCACCUGACGGCGAACCCGCUCAUGGCCAACAGCCACGUAUCGCGCGGGUACGACUGGGGGGGCUUGCCGCGGGACAGCGUCGUGGUCGACGUGGCGGGAAACGCAGGACACUGCGCGAUCCCCAUCGCCGAAGCCACGGACCCGAGCGUGCGCAUCGUCGUGCAGGACCUGCCCAAGGUGGUGGCCUCUGCGCGCGACCCGGCGACCAGCGUGAUUCCCAUGCCCCUGCGCCCGAGAUUCGACUUCAUGGCCCACGACUACUUCAUGCCGCAGCCCGUGAAGGGCGCGGCAGUCUACUUCCUGCGCAUGAUCAUCCACAACCACAGCGACGCCCUGGCCGUCAGGGUCCUGCAACAGAUCGUCCCCGCCAUGGGCCCAGACUCGCGCAUCCUCAUCAUGGACCAGGUCAUGCCCCCCGCCGCGGGGCUGCUGCCCGAGCCGCUCGAGCGCAUCAAGCGCUCCCAGGACCUGCAGAUGAUGUUGUUGCUCAACGCCAAGGAGCGCGACGAGGCCGAGUGGGCGGACUUGUUCGCAAAGGCCGGCGAGGGUUUGGUACAGGACGUCUUUGCCGCCGCCGGAGACGAAGCCGCCGGGAAAGGGAAGACGUUGGGCAUUGUCGCUAUACGGACCCCGCCGGGCAGCAUGAUGAGUUUGAUUGAGGUCGGCUUCGUCGAUGGUGCCAGUGUCAAUGGCGCGGAGGCUGGCAACACGGAACGCAUUGCGGAUGCAAGUCCUGACGCUGGGCACAGUUGA